AUGAUGAACUUAGGAAAUCGAGUGAGCCCUCCCGGCUUUGCCACGGGGCAAAGUUCGCAAAUGUACUUGCCCACGGGCAUGAACUCAGGGUCACUUCAGGCUAUCAGGCAACAGUUUGACGAUAGCCAGCACGAGAUGGUUAAUAUGUUAUCUCGACAAAUGGGAGAGAUCUUUAAUCCCUUGAUCCAGAACACCAAUGCCAAUAACCAAGAGUUAGCCCAUCAGAUGGGGCGUCUGGCAACAAUGUUAGGAGCACAAAAUGAGAUAGCACCUCUGCCGAGGAUUGAACCAAUUCCACCGGUUGCAAUCCCAGCUCGCGGGCCCGUACAACCCUACCAACACGUAGGACAAAGCCCUUUAUUCGAAGAAAAUGAAGGGGGACAACCAGGGCCGCAGAACGUAUACAUGGUAAAUAGGAAUGAGCACGCCGAUGGAGUGUUGGAAAGAAUUCGACACCAAAAUGCUGGGGGGCAACAAAACAUUGCUGCUGUUGUCGAACAAUUGCUAAAUCAGCACGGUUUUAAUGUGGGUUUUGCGAAUAGACCCCAUUUUGUUUCAGCCUUCACUGGAGAAGUUCUCGAAGCGGAACUCCCUCGAGGUUGGAAAGUCCCAAAGUUCACUAAGUUCUCUGGGGACUCAGAGGAGUCUACUGUGGAACACGUGGCGAGAUACCGGAUUGAGGCUGGAGACCUGGCCAUUAACGAAAAUUUGAAAAUGAAGUAUUUUCCAAGUUCUUUGACUAAGAACGCGUUUACAUGGUUCACAACCCUUGCUCCUAGGUCAGUCCACACUUGGACACAAUUGGAAAGGAUUUUCCAUGAGCAGUUCCUUAGAGGGGAGUGCAAAGUGAGUCUAAAGGAUUUGGCUAGAGUCAAAAGAAAGAAUGCUGAAUCCAUUGAUGACUACUUGAAUAGAUUCAGGAUGUUGAAAUCUCGAUGCUUUACUCACGUCCCAGAACAUGAACUGGUUGUUUUGGCCGCAGGUGGUUUAGAGUAUUCGAUUAGGAAGAAACUCGACACGCAGUAUAUUCGAGAUAUGUCUCAGCUCGCUGAUAGAGUAAGGCAUGUCGAAUUACUCAAAGCGGAGAAGAACGACGAGAAAGCUAAGACAACUCACAAGUGGCCUAAAAAAGAGAAAGUGGCCUACAUAGAUACAGAGUUGGCGUGUCCAACUCAGUACACAUACCACGAGGUCACCCCCGAAGUCGACAUUAAUGACAUCAAUCUGGCUGAGCUCCAGCUAGGAGACCCUUAUGUGUGCAAGGCACUGAAGCCUUAUGAAAACAAGUUAGGAGAAGAAUCUCCCAAAGACAGUAUUCCUACUGUUAAAACUUAUACUUUUGACGUGACCAAAUGUGAUGCAAUUUAUGACAUACUUUGUGUUCGUUUCAGGGACCUUGUUCAAGGAGCACUGGAUUCUGGUAGGCUCAAGUACGGCGAAAAGACUAAAGGCCAAGCAAAGGUCGACUCAGAUCCACUCCAGAAAGCUGAAGCCAAUUAUGUGGAGCCCCUCCACAUUUGCAUGGUAGACAUCACUAAGAAGCUCGACUUGGGUUUGAUUCUGGAAGAAACAUAA